AUGACUUCUGUGCCUGGUGCGUCUGUAGGCAUGAAAUGCCAUGAAGCUUUGCUCUAUGUUGCUGCCGGGUCCUCUGUCUCCAUAAUUGAUUUGAGAACAAUGCGAAAAGUUUGCACCAUAGCUAGUCGUCAGUCAAAUCUAUAUUCUUUUGAAUUUUUGCCCUCAAAAUCCUUAAUCUGCACAGGUGGAAUUGGCAGAGCAUCGCUUUGGGAUAUCAGAAGUUGCGACAGUCCGAAAGCAGAACCAAUAACUGAGCUGGAUGGACAUAUGGGUCCAGUCACGCGCUUACACAUGGAUCCAUACAAAAUAGUUACAGGAGGCCCUGACGAUACCUAUGUUAACAUUUGGGAGGCUGAAACUGGAACACAAACGAAUUCCUUGAUAUGCUGUUCUCCGGAUAGUUUUUAUUCUAGCAAUGGAUGUUCAGCGAUGUCUGUAGAUGGGUGUCGAAUCAGUUGUGAUGAAGAACAGAGUGUUUUACGCUACAGGGACUUCAACAAUGCUACUUGUGUUGCUGCUUCAGAUGAGAGUAGGCCUGCUUCGAAAUUUUGGGGUCUACAAUCUUAUAGUGACGCUGAUGAAUCUGAUGGCUGA